GUGUAUAUCAAUGUAUAGAAUGAUGAAGUGGAAGCAAGCAGCUCAUAGCCAUUAUCAAACAUUGCAUAAAUAUGGCUAAGGCAAAUGGUGAAACCAACUCUGUAGUCUCUGAUUUUAUCGACUUCUUGAAUGCUUCCCCUACAGCUUUCCAUGCAGUUGAGGAGGCAAAGAAGCGUCUGGUAAGUGUGGGAUACGAACAACUCUCUGAAACGGAGGAUUGGAAAUUAGAAGCUGGCAAGAAGUACUUCUUCACCAGAAAUCAUUCAGCUAUUCUUGCUUUUGCAAUUGGUAAAAAAUUUGUAGCUGGUAAUGCAUUUCAUAUUGUUGGUGCACAUACUGAUAGCCCUUGUUUAAAGUUGAAGCCUAUAAGCAAGAUUACAAAGGGUGGAUUUCUGGAAGUUGGGGUUCAAAUUUAUGGGGGUGGGUUAUGGCACACAUGGUUUGAUCGAGACUUAACACUUGCAGGAAGGGUGCUUUUAAGGGAAGAAAGUAAUGGUUCUGUGUCAUAUGAUCAUCGUCUUGUUCGAAUUCUGGAGCCCAUAUUGAGAAUACCCACACUAGCAAUUCACUUGGACAGGGAUGCAGUUGCAUUUGCGGUGAAUACAGAGACCCAACUUCUCCCUAUUUUGGCAACAACUAUUAAGGGAGAACUGAAUAAAGUUGUUUCAAAAAACGAUGCACAAAUUGACAGAGAGAAAACAGAGCACAAGUCAACUCCUACUAGUGCAAAGCAUCACUCGCUUCUAUUACAACUACUUGCGGAGCAACUUGGCUGUGAUCCAGAUGACAUAUUUGAUUUUGACUUGCAAGUAUGUGAUGCUCAACCAAGUGUGAUUGGUGGAGCUAUGCGAGAAUUCGUAUUUUCUGGAAGACUGGACAAUUUAUGCAUGACAUUUUGCUCUUUGAAGGCACUCAUUGACAGUACAUCUUCAGAUAGUAGCCUUGAGGAUGAGCCUGGUGUCAGAAUGGUGGCUUUGUUUGACAAUGAGGAGGUUGGAUCUAAUUCAUACCAAGGGGCUGACUCUCCAACAAUGCUUAAUGCUUUAUCACGAAUUACGACUUCCUUCAGCACAUAUCCUUCGCUGGUUGAAAAAGCUAUCCAGAAAAGUUACCUGGUCUCUGCUGACAUGGCUCAUGCACUACAUCCUAAUUAUAUGGAAAAGUAUGAAGAAAACCAUAGGCCUAAGUUUCAUGGAGGACUGGUCAUCAAGAACAACGCAAGUAAUAAAUACGCAACCAAUGCAGUUACUGCAGCCUUAUUUCGGGAGUUAGCUAUAAAACAUAACCUUCCUGUCCAGGAAUUUGUGGUCCGCAAUGACAUGGCUUGUGGCACGACCAUUGGCCCCAUCCUUGCAAGCGGGUUGGGUAUACGAACCGUAGACGUGGGAGCGCCACAGCUAUCGAUGCACAGUGCUCGAGAAGUGUGUGGUACUGAUGAUGUUGAUUACUCCUAUCAGCAUUUCAAGGCUUACUUCGAAGAGUUCUCAAGUCUUGAUGCCAUCCCGGCUGAUAUUUAGAACCUUCUUUCUCAUCUUCUCAAUAAAUUCCCAAUAAUAAUCUUGGGUAUCUCCAUAUUAGAAUAAGGGUCAGGAAUUUAAGCCUACCAUCCAUAGAAACCAUUGUCAUGGUUAUCAUUAUGUAUUGCCUUUUUCUGCUGUAAGCAAUUUCAUUAACUGCUGUCAAGACAUUAUAUCAAUAAAAUCAUAAGUCAAUGGAUGAAUUAUCAACUAUACAAUUGUAUCUAAAGUAACUUUCCGAAAGAGUUUGUAAUAGUGGAAAAGAAUGUUGCUUAAAAGAGAUGCUUUCAGCUCAAUGGAGAAUGGUACUGAAGGAGGAUUCCAUGGGGCUUGACUUUAAUGGGCCACAGGCCCAUAAUGAAUACAAGCCCAACAGAACGUACUUGUUAUCGGCCAUGGGAUAAUCUAUAAUGUCCUUCGGUGCCUUCUCUCAUACUCAUCGGAACCAACAGAAGUGUAGGAAGUGGAGCUCUCGAGUCACGAUUUCAGACAUGGCGGCAACGAAUGAUGCCAAAUGUAAAAAUAAUGCUGUUGUGACUGAUUUUCUCCAGUUCUUGAACGCUUCCCCAACUGCUUUCCAUGCCGUCGAGGAGGCAAAGAAGCGUUUGAUAAGCGUUGGAUAUGAACAAGUAUCUGAAAAAGCGGACUGGAAAUUAGAAGCCGGGAA